GCUUCAAGCAAGAAGGCUACAGCAUGCAGCAGCAGCUCAUCGAGGGCUUCGUCAUCGACCACCUCGACACGCCUGGGCGCAGCGUCACGCACCGGCCGUCUGUGCGCUACGAUGCCAAUGGCCGGCGCGUGAUCCCGACGCUGGACACGCCACGGUCCAAGAUGCAUGUACCCAAGCUGCCGAGCCCACGCACGAUGGCGCAUCCGAUCGUCCGAACGCUGCCCGCCAAGCGCCUCGUGGGCGCAGCCAUUGCGGACUUGGCGAUCCCGACGGGCCGCGCUCAGACGGCGCCAGCCAAGCCCGAGACUACAACAACAUCAACAACAACAACAUUUCCAGCGCUACGCAGCCCGCGAACCGAAGCCAUUGUCGAUCCGCAGCUCCUGCCCAACAUGUCGAGGCCGCUGGCUACGUGGGGGCUCCCGCGUGAGUACAUCAUCGAGUUCAUUCGGCUCUCGGACAUCAAGUCGAUCGGCGAGUGGGUCGUUGCCGAGUCGGACACACCGUCGUCACCCUCCGACCCGGCGGUGCUUCGCGAGACGACGCAGCACGUACUGCCGCACAUCAACGCACCGGAGCGGUCCCCGCGGCAACGUCCUCCACCGCCAGUUUCACCGCGCCGCCCUCAUACGCUGCGGGAGGCCAAGGUCAAGGAGUACGUGGCGUCCAAGCGCCGAGGACGGACCCACGUCGACAUCGUCCACGAAAACAUUGCGCGCGCCGGUGCGAGGGAUGCUCGGCGCUCCAAGCCGACGCUCGCGCAGCGACUGCACAAGACGCGGACCAAGUACGAGUUGCAGCUGCAGCGAGAGCACGAGCACCACGUGGAGCUCCUCGACCGCCACGCGCGGCAAGCGAACCAGCAGAAGCGGCUUGCCGCGCGCGCGCAGCAGGUGCGGGCGUGGCUCCGCGUGCUCUGCACCGUGGCCCAUAUGGAGCGCUGGCACGUGCGCACGCGCCAGGAGAAAUCCAAAAAGCUCUGCGAGCUGCGCGAGCUCGCGGCGGUCUCCAAGAUCCAGCGCGUGUGGCGGCAGCGCAUCCGCGUCGCCACCUCGAAGGCGCUGCUGCAGAUCAUCGUCAAGACGCGCCGCAUUCUCUGGAGUCUCACGUUCCGCAUGCACUGCAAGAAGCUCGGCCAGGCCGCGAGCGUGCUGCGGCGCUUCUUUAUCGACUAUUUCAACGCAACCGAAACCGAGUCGGGCAACUUUCGCGUGCUCAUGGCGCGCUGGCGCUGGCGCGUCAUCAACGCGCAGCGCGCGAGCAAGGCGUACAUUCUGUGCUCCCGCGCGCGGCUCCAUGCGCUCGGCCAGAUGUGGGACCGCGCCGACCACGACCGACAGCGCACCGAGAAGCAGCUGGCGGUGGCGCGAUCCGCCGUCGCCGUGGCGGACGCAGCACCUCCCACGUCGCCGCCGCCUCGACGACGCCCGAAUCGGCGCAAUCAGGCCGAAGCGCUUGCGGACCUGGGCGCGAUGCAGGCGCAACUGCUCGCGAUGCAGAGCAUGCUCACGCCGAUCGAGAUUCAACGCAUGCAAAAUGUCCAGGUCGUCCGCAUUCCCAAGAGCAUCAAGAUGCGUCUGCUUACCGCGUACCUCAUGAAGCGGCGGGCGGCACACAUGCGGGACGUCGCCGCGUGCAUCACAAAGGGUAUCUCCGAUGCCAAGUCCAGGCGUGGUGCGCGCACCACGGACGCCCUGGCCCUUGUCCAAAGCGGAGCAUGGCCGACGCUGGGCGUGUUGAACGAGCUCAAGGCCACGUACCCGCCGUUCUCGCUCUACUCCAAGCAGACGAACGACGACAUCAAGGAGCUCAUACAAGAAGGAUUGCGCCUCGCGCUCGAGACCGACGCGGACGGCUAG